GUGAACACACGUGUAAAACAACAAUAAGCGAAUAUUAAAUAAAUAUUAAAAUAGCAUGCAAAUUACAAAUUUGUACACUUCGGUGGCCUGCAAUCGUACCACAGAGUGCGCCGAUUGGGGACCAAGUGGUUUAAUUGCCUACGGCGGUUGUAAUGCAGUUGUUGUGUUAAAUCCACGAUACAAUGGCAAUUCAGCCAAGAUACUGUACACAUUGGUGGAGCACACGAAGCGUGUGAAUACCGUCAAGUGGCUGGAUGAACAACAUUUACUUUCGGGCGGCGAUGAUGGCAACGCCGUUUUAUGGCAAUUGGAUGACACCGGUGCUAAGAAGCGCAUUGUGCUCAAGGGACACUCAAGUGGCGUCAAUGCUGUAGAUGGCGUACGAUUAUCAACGGAGCUUUGGUUACUGGCUACUGCAGCCGCUGAUAACAGCAUUAAACUGUGGCACCUGCAACAGAACGAUGAGAUCAGCUGCAUUCAAACUGUGGAGCUGAAUGGAGGCUUCGUUUUCUCGUUGCGCCUCACAUUGUUGCCCCACAGUGAUAAGGCGCUAUUAGCAACAAGUGGGGAUGACGAGACCGUGUCUCUGUGGGUGCAACAUCCAAGUGAUGCGUUUGAAAAGGUACAUACAUUGAGCGGUCACGAGGAUUGGGUGCGUGGCCUCGAUUUUGUCCAGGAUGGCGAUGAUUUGUUGCUAGCCAGUGGAUCGCAGGAUAACUUUAUACGUCUGUGGCGCAUUGCGCCACGUACAGAGCAACAGGUGCGUGAGAAUGUUGUCGACAUUCUCAAUUUUAACGAAACAGACACUGGAGAAAUCCGUGUCGAGGAGAAGAUUAUUCAACUGAGUCAAGAAUCGUGGUAUGGAAUCACGCUGGAAUCUGUGCUCUAUGGCCACGAAGGUUGGGUCUAUGGCGUUCACUGGCACAAGAACGUCAAUAAUGAACUUCGACUACUCUCAGCAUGCAUUGAUAAAACGCUGAUCAUUUGGGCGCCCACCGAGGAGGGCGUGUGGUUGGAGCAGGUGCGCGUUGGCGAGGUUGGUGGGAAUUCUAUGGGUUUCUUUGGCGGCAAGUUCUCGCACGAUGGUCGCUCAAUUAUGGGUCACAGUUAUCAGGGCGGCUUUCACAUCUGGAAUCAGAGCGAGGAGCACGCACAACGCUGGACUUCGAAUGUGAUUGUCAGCGGGCAUUAUGGCCAGGUGCGUGACUUGGCCUGGGAACACGAUGGAAGCUAUCUGAUGACUGUGUCGGCGGAUCAAACGACACGUCUGCAUGCGCCUUGGAAUCGGGGUGAACAGACGCCCACCUGGCAUGAGUUGGCGCGUCCUCAGGUGCAUGGCUAUGACAUGCAAACGCUGGCGCUGCUCUCGCGGUACAGAUUUGCCAGUGGCGCCGAGGAGAAGAUUGUGCGCACAUUCCAAGCGCCUGCGAAUUUCAUCGAGAACUUCAGACACAUUUGUCGGCUGGAGAACGAUGCGGCAGGCGAUGCUCUGUUGGAUUCUUUGCCCAAGGGCGCAUCGGUGCCUUCACUGGGGUUGUCUAACAAAGCGGUCUAUACAGUGGAAACACCAGAAGAUAAGACUGCCAAGGCCAAGGAUGAGUAUCCAGACAACUAUUUUGUACCCAUCACGUUGCAAACGCCGCCGCAGGAAGAAACGCUGAUGCAGAACACAUUGUGGCCAGAGCUGCAAAAGCUCUACGGACAUGGCUAUGAACUCUACGCGUUGGCUGCCACACCUGAUGGUACAAUGUUGGCCUCCACUUGUCGCGCAAGCAAUGCUGAGCAUGCACAGAUAAUACUCUGGAAUACAGCCAACUGGAAGCAGCUGGAGAAGCUAAGUGGACAUCAGUUGACGGUGACACAGCUGCGUUUCUCCCCAGAUGCGCGUUACUUGCUAUCGGUUUCGCGCGAUCGCCGCUGGUCAUUGUACGAGAGACAGCAGCUAAAUGAGCCGCUCAGCAGCUAUGCAUUGGUAGCCAACACGGACAAGACAAAUGGUGUGCAUACAAGAAUUAUUUGGGCAUGUGAUUGGUCGCAUGAUGGCAAGUAUUUUGCAACCAGCUCACGCGAUGGCAAAGUGGUGCUGUGGACUAAGCACGAGGAGCAGCAGCAGCAGCCGGAGAAGAGCUCACUGAAUGGCUGGCAAGCGGCUGGUUUGCUGGAACUUAAAAAUGAAUCUAUUACCGCUGUGAGCUUUGCUCAAAGCUGUCUUCCAGAUAACAGCUAUGUGAUCGCCAUUGGCAUGGAGAGCGGUCUCAUUAAAAUCUAUCAGUUCAGCGAGGGCAAGUUUCAGCUCAGUUAUGAUUUAAACAAAGAUUUGGCACAUCAUUUGACGGUGAAGCGUUUGCAGUUCCGGCCAGGUCAACAAACUGACAACAUGCAAUUGGCCAGCUGUGGAGAGGAUCAUUUGGUGCGCAUUUAUGACAUUACACUGACAACGCAUUGAAAUUGUAUAAAUAGGGGAGAAACCAAAACAAAACAAAACAAAAAGUAAA